UAACAGGGCAUUGUGAAAAUUAAAACACAGCGGAACUUUUUCAAUCUCACGGAGUUGCGUUUGCCUGAAGCCGUUAUUCUCAGUUGUGAAAGAAAUUGAAACGAAUUAACAAUGCCUGAUGUCGCGUCGUAUUUUUCGUGCAGAUAUUCAGAAUAAAUUUUGAAUCCCUAUUGAAAACAAUUCAUGAUGUCAUACAAGAAAAGCUUCUACUAUAUGGGAAUAAUAAUCCUGAUUUUGGUUAAACAUAUCGUGGCCGAAGGUGUGGUGUAUAAUCCAUAUUUUCAUUUUCCAGUCGGAUCUGAACCAUUCAUGGGGAUGAUUAUAACGAUCGUGGUACCCGUGGAAAUUGAGACGCCCGGUAACGUUUUGCUCUCGGUGAUUUUCGAGGCGAACUACGUGCUACCAAGAGAUGAGACCAAGUUCGAAUAUCCUCCGAUUGUUGGGGAUUCUUCCUCAGCUACCGAUCGAAGAUUCAUCUACGAUGUCAUAGAAAAGAAGAUUGAAGAAUUUGGGUAUGCAGGAAAGGCUUGUCUCCUUAGAGGAAUUUGUGAGGCCGCUAAAUAUUCAACUAAAUAUACUGGGGUGUUAGGAGAUCUCGCCCAUAUAUUUUUAACACCAUCUUCAUCAAGGAAAGAAAAUAGCUUGGAAGAAUAUGAAGAAGCUGAGAAGUUGGGAAACACGAGAAACUGUAAAAAUUACAAACGAAAAUGUCCCUUCAGUAUAUUGAACGCUUUCAGUAAGCUGGGAAAUAUGUUUGAAACUAAUUUUCUUGCUACCUGA